UCUCUAUAAUAUAAAAUAGUAAUUUUGGGGUUAGGUGUCAAAUUCAAAAUCCAAAAAGAGUAUAAGUAGCAAAUUAACAGAGUAGAUUGAAGUAAAUAAACAAUUAUGAUGAAUAAAACUAAAAACAUGCAAAGUAAGUACAAGGAAAUGCACCAAGGAACAUCUACAACCCAACUGAGGCAUAAAAUCAAAGAGAGAUUUCUGAACACACUUCAAGAAGUCCGUAACAGAGCUAUUGAUGCAAGACGCUUUUCAAAUUCCUCUGAUUCUGCAGCAAAGCCAAAAAUAUGCUCUAUGGAUGAUUUGAAAGAAAUAUUAACCGAUAAUAAAGAUUUGAAAGAACUGAUAACUCCUGAAGAAAUAGAUGGUAUAAUCAGUGAAGUACAGAAAGAAAUAGGAUGGAGUACAAAAGAUGAGAUGGAAUUGUAUGACCCUGAAAUACUAGCAGUGGUUGAAAAUCUCGUAACCAAUUGCAUUAUCUGCGACAAAUCCAGUGUAAACGUUGUUUGUGAAUCAUGUGGAAAUGAACAUUUCACUGAGAGUUCGUAGGUUCAAAACCUUUAAUGUUAUUUAUUAUGUGAUUUGACGUAUUCUUUGUGAUAGAUAGCAAAAUUCUUUAUUUCAAUUGAUUUGAGAGUUUAAAGGUCCAGAACCUAUAUUCUUAUAUUAUUGGUACUCUAUCUUGUCCUUGUUUUAUGGUAAACGACCCUGAAAUUGAUAGCAAAAUACUUAUUUUCAAAAAUAUUAUUGUGGAGAAGAGGCUGUACAUAUGAACUAUCGAAAUAAGGUUUUUUGCAUCAUAUUGACUAUAUAUGGCACUUACGAGGAAUAAGGCCCAAUAUCUCAGUAAAUGUUAGUUCAUCUGUAAUUCUACAUGAUUAUACCUUUAUUUCAAUGGAUGUUAGAUUGAAUAAAAAUUACUUCCAGUAAA